AUGCUCGACUCGACAUGGUUGAGGAUACAGAGGCUGCUGUCGUUCAUGACGGUGCUGAUGGCGGUUUGCUGUUCCACACAAGUGGAUGCAGGUGAGGAACCGACCACCGUAGCAUCAAAUCUCCUCAUGUGUUGCCUUCGUCUCACUUUUUGUCUUCCCGGUCUGUUGUUGCAGGCACUGUUCAGGCGGGUAGCGGCGGCUUCUCUGCGUCGUUCGACGGAACAAGGUCCAGACGCCCAUAUGGAUGUAUGUAUGCCCUAUCUAUUCAUUCAGACAAGGCGUCCAUCAACAACACGAAUGCACAUCGUGCCUGCAUCUUUCUGUGUUGUGUGUCGUGUGCCUUUGGAUUAUGGCAGAUAUCUGAGUGGUCUGCACAGCGGGUCAUGGUCCGUGACGAACCUGACACUGGCUUUAUGGCUUUGGCCAUCGGCAGCGACGCCCACACAGAGGUGGGGAAGAAUGGAAGAGGGAUUUUGCAGUGGCCUUUCAAGUGUAUGGUGCAAUGCAGAUGGGUGAUAUACAGAGGAUCCGGCUCAAGUCAGCUGAGUUUCGGGCUGCAGCUCACCUAUUUAGGCAGCCCUACCUUCUCCUUCCAGCCUGUGGUAAGCACCUGAACGCACACGGGUCCAUAGAAUCCCCUCUCUCGUCUGCCUGUCUAUUUCCACAGCUGUACAUCAGCGACCCGUCCGGCACGAGAUGGCAUGCCAUCCCCUCUCCACUGCCCCUCCCGUCCGCGCAGUGGACCCACAUCGCGGCAAGCGUAUCACUCGCAGCCAACCGUAUCAGCAUCUUCACCAACGGCACCCUCACACACGAGCCCUCACUCCCAGGCUCGUAUGCUGGUGGCCGCCGGGCGGGCGGACGAUUACUAAUUGGGGCUGGUUUGGCGAGCGACGGGUCUAUUGAUGCCUCGAUGGGCUACCGGGGAGAGAUGGACGAGAUCGCAGUUUGGUCUCGCGUGUUGACGGCCGACGAGAUCUCCGCUCUUGCGUGGAAGAGCCGGCCGUUGAUGGACGAUGCCUCGCUUCUCAUGUUCCUUGCCCUGGACGAGGGAGGUGGCAAUGUGGCGCGAGAUGCGGCCUCCUCUUCCCGCAUGUACUUGCAAGGCACCAGCGGAUGGGCCCUGUCCACUGCACCGGCCUACAGCCGGCCCAGUCUCCCUCUGAACACUGCUGUCAUCACCUCACUGGACGCAUCUUGGGACGGCACGGGGGCUCCAUCCUUCCGCCACCGGCUGGUGUCUCCGCCGCCGUCGCUGUCGAUCACGUCGGUCCCCGAUUGCCGAAAUCCCCACAGCGACACCAACACACCAAUCGGGGGCUCGGCAUUCCUGCCUGCCGACAGCUCAUGCAUCUCCCUUCGUCUCGACGACCAAACGACUUCCCUCGGGUACCGAGAGAUCGACCUGCGCUAUGUGACCUACACGAAUGGCGAUGGGAGUGAGGGCAUUGUCACACUCGUGUCGGACCCGUUUAUGGGAAGCUACAACGUGACUGAGACGCGUGAGGUGGGCGGAAGAGUGGCGCGCGCAGGAAGUAAUGUGGUGGCUGCGGGCAUGUGGACUGAUGGAGGCAGCUCAGGAGAGAGCUCGGCAUACUCGAGCGGGUGGGCGACUUGAUGAAUGCGCAUAUAUUGGCUGCUCGUGUUUGGUUUGCUUUAUGUCAGGUUUCCCCGUUUGUAUGGCGUGUCUCCAUCGAUCAUUGUCCUUGACGAUGACACCGAGGGCUACCGCACCCUGACCCUCACCGGCGCUGACCUCUUCCACCCCCUCGCGUCCACCAGCUGUCUCCUCUUCACCUCCAUCCCUCCAGCACCAACCUACGCAUCACCUGAAUCGCCCCUCGACACCCACAUGCCCCUUCUAUCGCUCUCCGUCAACCAAACGGGGCCUUCCCUCCUCACUUGUGGCUUCCCCACCAUGACCCCUGGACUCAGCGGCGCGACACGUCUCUGGAUCGCUCUGAAGACUGACCUGAUGGGCGAGGCGCGUUUGUCGAACGCCUUGUCGAUCGGUGUGGUCUCACUCGGUGUGGGCGGUCCUUUCCCUCUGGCGACUCUGCUGCCGUCGUCUUCACCGAUCGAGGGCUCGUAUGUCGGAGGAUGGUCGAGGGCGUUUCAGGUGUCGCCGACGGCCGAUUUCCCACUAAAGUGUGUGUGGGGCGGGCCAUCUGCACACGGGGGGACGUCUCUUGUGGCUGCUGGAGCGGAGUCCUCCGUCUGUUCUGCCCCUCCCAGCAGGGCGCUGCAGCCCAAGUCGGCGUCAUCUCUGCUGAUCACCCCCGAUGUAAUGACUGGAGACGUGAGUGGCCAUUCAGUCUCUUAUCGGUCGUCCAGUGAACUCGACGUUGUAUCGAUCUCUCCCGCUGGCGGCUACGGCGGGGAGCUGGCGACCAUCACUGGGCGAGGCUUCUCUGCUUUUGACAACGUCGCGUGUCUGUUCGGGCCCAUCACCACAGCAGCCACACAAUAUGGCGAUGACACCAUCACCUGUCGGGUGCCAGCGUCAGCCGCCAUCCCAUCAGAGGCACUGCUGCCCCCUCCGGCCCUUCCAUCCCUCAACGUCGGGCUUCUCCUCGACUCGUCGCAGCCCUUUUAUGGCACGCAGACACCCCUUAUUUUCUAUCUGCUGACUAGACGUCCCCCAUACUCUGUCACGGGGCUGCCACUGGGCAGCCAGGAGGGAUUCGCUUGGCCAUUCCCCCGAGUGACAUUGGCUUAUCCAUCUCUGGCGUCUGGGGAUGUGGGUGUGGUGGUGAGGCUGGCAGCGGGGCCAUUCACCAUCGCUAACGCGCCGACUGUGGCUUGCGAUCUCGGAGGCAUCACCGGUGAGCUGAUAGUACACAAGUGAGAGAGUGAGAGACGCGACCAUCUAUCUGUUUGUCCCAGCCACUGGUGCUCCGUUGUGGUCAUCAAGCACCCCCUCCACCGACCCCCACUUUCCCCCUUCCUACCUGUGCUCAUUCCCCAUAUCGACCCUGGCCAACAGUGCGACAGCUCAUGCCGCAGGCGCACCUCUAUCCCUGCAAGUUAACUCUGUCGCCGUGCCCUUCAUCUAUCGGCUGUAUCCUGCUGUGUCGUCCGUGAGUCGUGUGAGUCACCCGAUAUUCGCUCUGAGCGGUGUGCCGCUGACACAUGUGCUGUCACGACCACUGAGGGGCGAUGAGGCGCCCUGGUGCUCCAUGGACACAGGUGAUGACUGCCUUACCGGAAAAACCACCAGGAGAAAUAGACAAUGAUUGUGUGCCUUGUGUGUUCUUGUUGGUAUACAGGGCCCAACUCGCUUGUCGGCUUCCUCCCUCCUCUGUCCCGGUGGCUCUACACAUGUAGCUCUCAGCCAUUCCUGUCAUCGCCGCCGUCAGCCGCCACCACAUCCAUCUCGGCCCUCCCUCCCCUACCACCAGCAUCUGUGGCCUCGUCCCACCCGCACUCAUACCCGCCACUCGCCACCACCACCCUCAUCGCCACACCGAAGAUCGUUGCGUCGUAUCCUGCAGAGGGGCCUGCCAUGGGAGGCACUUUGGUCACCCUGACGGGCGAGAACUUCCCUCUGUCAUCUGUCACGUCCAUGUAUUGCCUGUUUGGCGCGGCGGGGAAGGUCAAGGCGACUGUUGUGUCAUCCAUAGUGGCGUCUUGUGUGGCCCCUCCCUCCCCGCUUGUUGGCCUGGCUGUGAGGCUGCGAGUCGGCAUCGGCACUGGAGAGAUCGGCGGGGAGGCGGUGAUGGCCGUCACGGACACGGCGUCUUCGUUUCUCUUUCGUGAGGAGCCGUCAAUGUGGCAGGUGGUUCCGACAUACGGGCUGGUCAGUGGGGCUGAGGCGGUGUCUCUGUGUCCUGAACGGCCAGUGGCGCUUGGUGUGGCUGACAGCUGGACAAUCCACUGCCGAUUUCGGUCGACUGUUGUCACUGGCCAUGUGGCAGUGUCGGAUGGAUGCCUCGUGUGCAUCACCCCAGCAUGGACACACAGUGAGACGGUCACGCUUUCCCUAUCUGUCGAGACAUCCCUCGCCGCCCCCCCAGCUGCCCUCAGCCUGACCAUCCCCUCUUCCGCCUCAUUCGUCACAACCACCACCUUCGAGUACCACACCGCCCCACAAGUGGAGGUAUCACCAACACGCCUGAUCGCCACUACGAUGCAAAACAUGACAGCAGUGAUCCGGGGGCUGCCGACAGGACUCGUCGCCACCCAGCAGAUGGACAGCAGCCAGUGGACCGCCCGCAUGACUGUCGGUGGCACCGUUCACGAGACUAUGGGCUCUGUGAGAGUGCUGGGCGAGGCCUCAGUGGAGGUAGCGUGGCUUGUGCCGAUGCUGAUUGGGUCUGGCACAUGCACAGUAGAAGUGUCGCGGGAUGGCGGUGUGUGGUACAGUGGGGGCUCGGUGGUCGUCAUGGCAUCAGUCGGUGUGCUAGCGAUCGAGCCAGAUUUGUUGUUCGCUCCUGGUGGAGUGGAUGGAGCCGACGUGGAGAGAAUCACUGUGACAGCCAACCUGCCGACGUCGCCAAGUCUGGUAAGAGGUCAUUCACGUGAGUGUGGUGUUAUUUCUCUGCAUGUUUCAUUAUGAUAGGACGGACUGCUAUGCGAAUGGACAAACACCGAUGGCUCCACCGAAGUCACCACAGCCGACCUCCUCAGCGCCACACAGCUCUCUUGUCGGCUGCCCCCUCUAUCUCUCAGCCCACCUUCCACCAGCAGCGGCUCGGUGUCUCUCGAAGUGUCGCUGCACUUUGAUGGAACUGAUGUAGGGGUGUGGGUGAAGGCUCUCACUCAAGCGAUCACAAUUCCUGUUGCUGCAAGGCCGAGCAUGGUUGCCGUGUCUCCGUCGCAAGCGCUGCCUGGACAUAGUGAUGACAAAGUGAGCUGGAGGGGAAGCUUUGCAGACAGGGUACACAUGGUCUCUCCCUUCUUUUGCAGGCGUACGUGAGUUUUCGGCUCAGCCCGCCGCUGCCGGCCUCCCUGCCUGGCCCUUACCUCUGCUGGUUUCGCCCUCUAUCUCCCUUAUCCAAUGCCACCGACGCAUCAGGCCCCUGGCUGGCCGCAACAGCCACGUACGACACAUCUGUAGCCCCUGAUGGCCACCGGUUCUUCACCUGCCCCCUACCGGAUGGCGCGGCAGCCGCAGGGACGACACUGUGGGUCACAUUCGGCCUCGUCUCACCCGCUCCAUCUGACGUCUCUCGCUAUUACACGGCGUCGAACAGCUUCCCGGUCGUAGUGGCUUCGUCGCGUCCUGACAGUGUAUCUUUCCUGGACGCCGUGGUGCCCAUCGAGCUCAUGGUGGCCUCUCUCAGCGGAGUCAUGCUGGUGACAUCCAGCGAUAUUGGUGUCGGUACACUCGUCAGCUGCCGUCUUCGGUGGCUGGGUGAGCCGGAGUCGGAGGGCGUCUUGGUGGAUGGAGUGGCCAUCGCACCAUCCCUUGUGCACUGUCGACUUGACGGAUCCACACUUGUGGAAAGGGUUUCUACCAGCAACCAGGAGAUGACCCUCAAGGCCACCCUGUCGAUGACACUGGCACCCAAGGCCCGUAACGAGGCGACAGAGGCCGUCGCCCCCACACAAGGCCUCAUCGGCGAGAGCACUGCCGCGGUCCGGCCUGCCCCUCGGAUGGAUGCAGGGCAAAAUGCGGCUGUGUGGCUGCCGAUCGGAGAUGGAGGACAGGGCUGGGUGGACGUGUCUCUUUCGGACUCAUCGUCUGCGUGCACGCCAAGCACUUGCUGGUGCCAUUGGGUAGCUUACGUCGGCGGUGAACAAGAUGGGGCCACCGUUGACGUCCUUUCGGUGAUGACAGACAUUGCCACGGGCAAGCAGAUUGUGAGAUGCCGAUUGCCGCAUACCUCGCGCCGCCUGUCGAUAUCGUCACCUUCGACCUAUUCCCUCACGGUCGUCGCGUCCCCCCUCGUCUCACCCGCAACACACAGCCAGACGUUUGCCGCCGUCUCUAUCACUCCCACCCUUGAUGGCCUUACGGCCUCACUGAGAUGGCCGAGCACGCACCAUGCUGACAUGGACGGGAGCUCGCUGCCGUCCCUGGAUCCGGAGCUGAUUGUCAAGGGCUAUGCCGGUGUUCCUCAGUCGCCAUCUGGUCUUGAAUGCGUCAUUGGGACGCCAUGGGGGACAGUCUCUCAGACGCUGCGUUGGAAAGGGCCUUCUGAGCUGUCGUGUGGAUCCCUCCCGUGGCCUCCGCAGUCAGCCGAUCACACAAUGACCACCGCCGUGCCGAGUGAUCGGAUUCACGUCAUGAUUCGGGGCGUUGGGAGCGACCAAGGACUUAUGGUGCUCCACAUGACACCUAUGCAUCUGCAGUGGGCUUUGCCUGUACCUGUGGAGGCCCUCACUGCAUCGCCACUGCUGGGCACAGCCACAAGUGGGGGUCAGUGGCAGGUGGCGGACACGUCCUCUGAGCCGCUACUCUCGACGUAUCUGACGACGCUAACCGGCGAGUUUGGCGCCAGCGGCCACGGCAUGGCCGAUGCCUUCUGCCGGUCUCUCUGCCAAGGGACAUCAGUGCAGUCGAUGUCUCUGAUGGCGCUUUGCGGCUCUUCUGCGUAUGCUUGCAACCUGGCGUCCGUCUGUCAGUCCAGGAUGCUCGUAGGGUCACUGGAUCUGUCGAUCAGCCCUCCUUCCGACAACUCCCUCAGCAUCACGGCAGUGGUCCCCUCGUCUGUCUUUGCUCUGGACAAUACAAACCUCUCACUGACGAUCGAAGGCGGCCAGGAGACGAAACAGGUGGCGAGCCAGGCCACAGCACAAUGGCAGUGUCUCUUCGUACCCCAGAGUGCGACGGCAGCCGGACAGAUCAUCGCGGACGUGUCUCCGGUCAUUGAAGGAGAGUCCACCUGCAGCAGCGCCACAUCCUGCCGGCUGAAGGUGCAAUGUCAGGCUCGGCUGCUCGAGGGCCAGUAUCUACCCCAUCUUGUGCGCAAGCCUUCCAUCAUCCCAGGCUUAUUCAACGCCUCAUCGAUGACCGGCCUGUCAGCCAUUCUUCCUGCUGUGACCACUGUUUUGACCGUCAAGGAGAGACGCCGACUGACGAUCGACGAGACCGUUCCCGUGCUGCAAAGGACCGAGGGCUUAACGUCUGUGUCUUUGGGACAGGCAGCGGUUGAUUUGGCGCUGUCUGCAUCUCUUGCCGACGUCUUUGAUGCAACCGAGGCCGUGACGUGUCAGUUCUUCCAAAGUGGGGACGCCUUCUUGCCCUCAUUGGAGGUGCAGGGCACCGUGUCUCGGCACCAAGGGCUGAUCCGCUGCCUCCUGCCGUCCGUCGAUGCCCUUCAACAAGGCACCAAGACGGGCGCCCGUCUUACCUUUGCUGGGCUAACAACAUGGACGGUGGUCGUGUGCAGCACCCGUCAUGGGAGAUGCCUUAAUGACGCUUAUGGCCGCAUGGUCAUCUUAGACCCAUAUGAAGGAUCAUCUGUCGUCCCGGCUGCGCCUGUGGCCGUCUUGGAUGCAGCGGAGAGCCUGUAUUCCCCUCUGUAUGCGCGCCUGGCCUCUCACAUGCCUUCAUACGGCACCCUGCCGUGGCUGCAGCACUUUGACAAGAGGGUUCCAUGCCGGCUGAUUGCAGCUGAUGGGCAGGGAGAGAGGACACUCACCAGUACGUGGCUGACUAGAGACAUGGUGCAAUGCAGCUCUGAUGGAGCCAGGGCGUCAUCGAUUGCAGAAAGGACUGUGACGCUGAGCGUCGGGUCACCAUCAUGGCAGGGGCCAGAUGUGUCCAUGACACUCUAUCGGGUGCCCUCGUCUGCAGUUACGGCAAUGUCGAUCCGUGUCGUCCGUUCCGCUGGAAGCGAUGUGGCCUUGACAGCGUCUUAUCGGGGUCAGACGAAUGCUGUUGUCAAGGCCAUCUUCACCAUUGAAGGCAUCAGCAGCACGAGUAUUGAGGCUUUGCCCCUUCAAUGUUUGGUCGACGGCGUGCUGGUGGGCACUCCACUGCUCGUGGAUAGGACUGCUGUACCCGCAUCGCCUAUCUAUGAGGUUGUCUGCCCAAUCGAGGGCACAUUCGCGUCAUUCCGAGCACGGCUAAGCCUGUCUGUGGCUCUGGCUCUCGGCCCUGGUGUGAGUGGGAUCCUUUCCGAGCUCGAUUUGAGCAAUCCACCAGCGUAUCUGCUGGGCCAUCUGGACUCUUUCAUCCAUCUGCCACUACUGGACAGAAGUGCCACAGACGCCUUCACCGCCGCAGCCACCUCUCUGCACGCUCAGCCUUCGCUCAUGUCAAAAGGGGCCGGAGACAUGCGUGUCGAGCUGACAGACCUGUCUGCAUUGGACGCUACUGGCGCAGCCAUGCCCUUCAACCCCCAGGCACUGCUGUGUGUGUGGCGGGCAGCAGCAUCGGAUGGGCCCCUCUUCGUCUCCAGCACUGCAAGCGGGAGAGAGGGGCGGGCGGAGUGCACUCUGCCGACUCCACUCGUGGGCGUUGAUACGGGCGUCGUGAUGGUGUCUCUUGCACGAGCCAUGGACACCGUGACGGGAGGAAUGGCCAGCGAGAAUGUGGCGAUCACACCAGACAUUCUGGCCGAGAUCCAUGUCAUCUCUACAGCUCCCGCAUCCCUGAGAGUCAAGAUCAUCGACCAGCUGCACGUCUGGAACACCAAUGUCUUCUUGACGGGCUCCGCCUCACUCGUGCUAGAUCUCCCCGCCUCCAUGUCUUCCCUUCCGCCCUUCCAGUGUCUCUUUGCGGCCAACAAAAUCUCCUGUGUGCCCGCGACAAACGGCCCACUUGGACCCCCGCUCCGCAGCUGUCUUGUCCCACCCAGUAUCGGUGCAGGCCAGACGUCAGUGAGUCUCCUGGAUGGAAGCGAACAUGGUCUGGUCACUACGGAUGGAGACGCUGUCGCAGGUGAAAUCAAACUAUGGUCACCGAGCAUUCUGAGCGGCACUGGCGACACCCUCAGUGUCUCGUCGCGUGGCUCGCUUAUGGUGUCGUCCGUGGCGUCCUUGCAGUUGGACACUUCAUCUUUCCCUCCGCUCGAGUGGCAAGGUCUCUUCCGUGUCGAGUGCACUGGAGAAGUCUCGCCCACCAUUCUGGCGCCCACAGCCAGCGCGACCAGCCAUGACAUCACCUUCGCCACACUCUCUCCCCUGCCGAUCGGUGAGCAAUGCGAUGUGCAAAUAUCGCCAGACGGCCUAUCCUUCCACCCAACGGGCGACUUCACAACGAACGCGGUGUCCCUAUCCGUCCAUGCGCGCCUUCCAGCAUUGUCUGUCACAUCUGUGUCGCCGCCACUGAUGUUCAUCUCUUCAUCGGCCAGUGGGCCGACGAUUGUUGUCGACGGCGGGGGCUUCGGCAGCAGUGCGUCGUCAUGGCCAGGGGGCCUCUUCUGCCGCAUUCAGGACAUCACCUGGCCCGCCACGUGGGUCAGCGCCACUCAGCUCACCUGUCCCCAUCCCAGUGCCGUUGCUCAUGGUCUCAGCGAGAGGGCGAUUGAGACGUUGCCCUUCUCUAUUGUGAGCUCUUUCGACAGUGAGGGUGCCGACGCGCCGCUUCAUCUGCAGUGGAUGGCGGCACCCACGUGCGUGGAUUUCUUUCCUGAGACAGCUCUUAGUAACAUGGCUACUCGUGUCUCUGUCACGCUGUCGGCCACCAUGUGGGGCUACCCUCCCCAGAUACGGCUGAAGGACACCUCCAGUGGUCUGCCUGCUUUCUCAUGGCUCUCCGGCUGCAUGACGGCGGCAGACACGUCAGCCAAUCUGCUGGACUGCAAGCUGCCUUCGGUCGCCACGGGGACGUACACUAUUCAGCUGACAUUCACGGCAGGCGAGCACGUCAUGGAGUGCGCAACGGCUCUUGAGGUGCUGGACAGCUCUACUGCACUGGUAUCGACACUUUCCCCGCCCCCCCUGAGCGACCCAAUACCGCACACAAUCACGCCCAACUCUGCUGGAUCGUGGCUUGCCGGUGAACCGCUCCACUGCUUUGUGGGAGGCAAGCCUGUGUCCUCCCACGUUCGGUUUCUCCCUCCCAACCUGGCACUCGAUUGCCAUCCGCUCGCAGCCACCUACUUUUUCCUCUCGACAGCCGAGCUUGAUGUGGUGGUCCGCAAGGGACGUAACGGUGAGGUCACGACGCUCAGCUCGAUGACCAACACCUUUGCAGAGGUGCCGAGGCUGCUCAGCGUGACACCGCCUUUCAUGUUUGCGGAUCCUACGGCGCCCAUUACUGUGAGAGGUCGCGAUCUCAGCAGCUCGUUUCUGUGCAGAGACGGCGAUAAGGCCGAGCCCCUGGUCGUCGAUGUGACCACUAGUGGACGCAGAGGCGUGUGCACCAUCACUAACCCCGCUGUGGGAGACGUGUCUCUCUCCCUGAUCAGCCAGCAGAGCACAGCACACAGCGGCAUCGAGGCCACGUCUGCGUCAUCCAGCCCCUUCACCCCUUCCAUCCAAGUGGUCGCCGCGCCCACACUGAUGGACGCGUUUCCCCUGGCAGUCAUCGAUGACACUGACACCUACUGGCACAUCGACAUUUACGCAUCAGGAGUACCCCAGCUGCCGCUAGAUCCCGUCUGCAAGAUCGGAUCACUGGUGGUUGGUGGACUGUGGCUGGACGAGGCGACCAUGCGGUGUGUGGUGGAUGUCUCGAGCCUCGCUGGAAUCGGCAGCUAUACAGUACAGGUGUCCUUCGACCGGCAAGUGGAUCUUCGGGUGCCGCGGGACCUUGUUGUCACAAGUGGGCCGACCACCAGCCCAACAGGCGCCCGUGUGCUGCAGUAUACCUCACUCGCGUCUUACGUCAGCUCUCUCAGAGCCCUCGCCAGCACGCCGUCCUUUUUCCCAUGGACCGAGCCCCUCCCUGCUUCUGUCUCGCCUGACACCACCCUUCUCUGCGAGCAGGUCGCCCAGCUGACGACAGACGAGCCGGCGACUGGGACCUUGCCGUCUGUAGCGUCGAGAGUGCUGUUGCUGCACUCCAGCCUUACUCCUUACGACGAGAACGCCAACAGUGGCAGCGCUUCAUGUGCCCUCUCUAUCCCGACUGCAUUUCUCGUGUCGACGUCAUACGUUCGUCUGCAUUCCUUUAUCGCGGGGCCGGUGACAGGGUUCUUGCAGCUGCCGUCGAGACACAUCACACCGCCGCGGCUCGUCAGUGUCGUACCUUCAUCUGUUCCAACGAGUGGAGGCAUAACCCUCACCGUGACGGGGGAGGCUUUCGACCUGGCGAUGCCCUACCCGUCCUGCUACUUUUGCGACGGGCAGGUGACGGCAGCAACGGUGACCAGCGCAACAACCCUGGAGUGCGCGUCUCCUGUCAUUCCGAGCGUGGAGCCUCUAUGUCUGUAUGUUGCCUACGGCCAAGAGGCGGCCCUGCCUCCCACUGACCGCAACCUCUUGUGGCUUCACCCUACACCCAGCCCCAUUAUCACGGCAAUCGCCCCUGAGGGAGGCGUGGGGGGCACUAACGUGGAAGUGCUCGUCACCCUCGACAGCUCGCUGCCAUCGUAUGGGCUGGGAAUGUCUCUGAGUCUGCUCCUGGAAUCACUGGGUACGGGAGCAACACACGAGCUGCCUUGUGCCGAUGUCUCUCCACAGGAGAGCACCCUUCUCUGCACCAGCUCGUCUCUGCCAUCCAUGACGGGCAGCUCUGCGCCGUUCCGCGUGGGGCUCCGUGAGAAUGGCGCAUUACUGAUGACGACGUCUUUGACCUUGACGGUGUAUCAGCCGUCUGCUGCGCCUGACGUGCUGCCGACAGUAGCACGCCACCCUCAGGCACCUGCUGGCCCGAUCGACGUGACAACAGUCUCCACAUCGAAGCUGCAGCUUGCGAGCCAUCUGUCGCCCUCUCUUUCAACGCUUCAAUGCCGGUUCGAGCUGAGAAACUCGCACGAGGCACUGCGUCUUCGGUCUCCCCUGCAGUCUCUGAGCUCUGUGCCUGGCCAAGGGUACACAGCGACGUGCUAUCAGCCUCAGAAUGGGACACGUGAAGCUGCCGCGCAGCUCACUCUCGUGGACCCAUCUACUCCAAGCUAUGCUAAUGCUCUGAGGAUGAGUGAAAGCCUCUCGGUGCCGGCCAGCCCGUCUCUCGCUUCCCUGCUCGACGUGCAGCCGCGGAGCAUUGUGGAGUCUGUCUCGACCGAGAUUCUGCUCACCUUCAGCCCCAUUGCCUCUUCUCUUCCUAUCGCCUGCCGGCUCUUCCCAAGCGGCAGCGACGUCUUUCUCACUGGCAGCGGGCCGCAGAUGGGGUGUCUGGUCACCAUGACGCUUCCAGGCACGUACUCUCUGCAGCUGCAGUACUCAUUCGCCCCUUCCCUGACCGCAUGGGUCGACACGGGUUAUGACAUUCGGGCGCUCGCACGAGUGCAGCCGACGGGCAUCUUCCCAGAGCAGAUAUGGCUUGAGGAAGAGGCCAGUGAAAGCGCCAGCACGGUGACAGUGCUCGUCAAGGGCAGUGGCUUCGGUGUCGUGAAUGAUGUCGAGUGUGCGCUCUUUGGCGGCACUGGGCAGACGGUGACGUCCGACACGGCAACAGUGGCGAGCGACACUGUGCUUCUAUGCAGCUUUGCAACCAGCGGCCUUCGCAGCCUGGUACAGCACACGAGCGGAGACACCGUCGUCGAGCUGAGGGUCAGGACGUCAGACGGCAUCACCGUCUUCCCCUUGCCUGUCGAUGGGUCCAGCCAACUCCUGCUCACCCUCGUCACCGCCCUCGUCACUACCUUUGCCACGCACGAAGACGCGCCGACUCUCGGGCGACAGCUCAACCUCAGCGGCCUCACCUUCCCGGGCUCAUUGGUCGACCAGGCCUUCGUAGACAAUCAGCUGACACAGGACAGCGGUUGGGGCUGCGACUACCGCACAGGAGCUCUCCACAUGAGUCUCGCUGCAGCCAGGAUUAACACAACACAGCUGUCGUGUCUCGUCCCCUCAUCCAUCGCCUCCAUCGGAGGGGCGGUCGACCAUCUUGCUGCGGGCUAUCCGCCGGCUGCUGUCCAGUCAGCCGUCGAGACACCAGUGGAUGUCGGCGCCACAUUUCAUCGCCUGAUGCCGGGACUGAGGUCCUCGCCGACACCAAGCACCCCAGCCAUCGUUGCCGGAUCUGUCUCAGUGCUCGUCAAGACAAGGCAAUUGAUCGCGUCAGCUGGGACAUACCUGGCAUCACUCUAUGCUUCGGUGAGCUUCACGAUCGACCGCGUGUCGCCCGAUACUGUGUGGGAGGGGGUUUCUGUCCGAGUCAUGAUCGAUGGGACGUUUUCAAGCGGCAUCUUUCCCUCCAGCCUGCACUGCAACUUCCAGUACACGCUGACCUCUGGAGCUGCCGGACAAAACACCGUUCCUGUGGUGCAAGUGUCGACCAACACGCUUGUUUGUGAGGCGGCGACGUUUCAAGCCGUAGAUGCGCAAGGGAUCUCUGUGGGGCUUCAGCGCUCCCCUUCUGUCAACGAAGUGCCAUUGGCUGUGAGCCCCAACAAGCUAUCCGUCCUGCCAGUGCCAAUUGCUACAGCCAUGGCGCCGUCAAGUGUGUGGAGCCUGAUGCCGCUGCCGUAUUUCAUCCAGGCUGCUGGUGUGCCGGUGUCGCCUCACGUGACGGCUGAGUGCCGCUGGGCAGUCAUGGCACUGACGACAGACGCCAAAGCGAAGGCAAUGCAGGUUGGCGAUGUGGUGGCGACCUUCGCGACGAUCGACUCAAGCACUCAGCUCAGCUGUUGGAGCCCGCGAUUUGACGAUCUUUCGGCUGCAUCGGUGGGUCUCUCCGUCUCGUUUGUCUAUGCGGACAUGACUCUUGCCGCCACACACAUACCUAUUGCGAGCAACGCCACAACGAUCACCGUCGCCAGCAGCAUCCCUGUCGUGUCAUCGGGCAGACACCUGCCCCUGCAGCUGAGCCACAACGUUGCGACAAUCCCUGCCUCUGGCCUGGUCGCUUCCCUCCCCUCCACAGUGCACAUCAAGUCUACGGCCAGCCUCUUCUCUGUCCUCGACCACACGAGCUUCCACUGUGUGUUCGAUAAGGUCUUCAACGGCAAUGCGGCCACCACAGCGGCACUUGCACUGUCUGCCGACACACUCGUGUGCACAAUGCCGCCGUCGAACGAGGCCCGGCUGACGGAGCUGCGUCUCGAGACCAAGCACGGAGCUCUGGUGCAAGUGUGGGAGUUCCGCUACAUCGCCGAUUUGCAAGGGGAGUGGUUCACCCACGGCGAGAGCAUGCAGGGCCUGUCUCUACAAACAGCUGACUUUGUCCUCGACGGCGACCUGAAGAGCAGCUUGGAAGGCCUUGCGCCAACAUGCCAAAUCGAUGUAUACGACAAGGCCGCCCCGUCACAACCGUGCGGCCCUCCACAAAGCAGUGCCGCGUGUCAAGCGACGGUUACACAGGACGGGGUUCUCCAGUGUGCGUUUCAGCCACCCCUGGCCGACACGACGUGCAACCGCAACACGGCUGGAGUGCGGCUCUCCAUCUUGUGUGACGACCAGCAUGUCUGUGCUGACACGGCGCUUGAGUUCUCAUCUACUGUGGUUACGAGCGAUGCUGGCCUGGCCAGGACGGUCAUUCCCAUCUGGAGAGAUGCUCCUGUGGAGCUGGCCUUGUUGGCUGCAAGCGAAGAUCAGCUGGCGGACUUGUCGUCCUUCCCGUCCCCGCUUGCAUGCCACCUUCACACGGUUCACACGGAGACGACAUGGCAGUCCACACAGGGGUCGGUCACAUUGAGCCCGUCCGGCUCCUCGUCCGCGUCACCAGUCACUGCUGCAGCCACUCUCUGUCGGUUGCCGCACGCCAGAGACACGGCUGGCCUUGCUGUGCAGCAGCUAGACGUGAGUGUGGCGGGCGUCUCCACGCCUGUCACCCGAGCGCUCUUGAGCAUACACACAGCCCCUGGACACCUGACAGUGAGCCCGUCUUUUGGAGCGAUGGCAGGGAGCGACGCCGUGCGUCUCGAGUUCACGUCCGACUGGGAUUUUGCUACCAUUUCUACUGCCCUUGAUAGCUUCUAUUGUCUUUUCAUCGAUCAGUAUAGCGGUGCGAGAAUUGAAGUCCCUGUGAUCGACAUCGUUGACUCGACGCUCACCUGCCAGAGCCCCCUGCACGUCGAGAGCACCCGACGGUCUCUGGUGGGGGGUGGCUGGACAUCGUCGAGACAGCUGGAGGUCCGACUUAUGCUCAAGAAGACAUUUCCUCUCACCAAUCCACCGGACUCACAGCUCAGCGUCGUGUCCACGUCUCUUUCCUAUGGUCUCUUCACUUUCGUCGAUCCUCGGUGGACUGCGGUCAUGAUUUCCGCCCCGUUUUCCACCACUGGAGUCGUCAGUGACGGCCUCACGCCGUUGCGUAACCUCUCACCGAGCAGCGCGCUUCUGAUUUCCUCGAUGGGGAGCGGGGCAUUGCCGCCCCUGGAGCUGACUGUCGACAGCGCUUUUCAAUUGUCGCGGACAGACAUGUCGUGCCGCUUUGUGGAUUUCACGGAGUACGUCAAGGGGACACAGCCAUCGGGUAUCCCUCUCGGAGACACACAAGCGACGGUCACCAGCAGUAGCCGACCCUCGAAGGUGACCUGCCCUCUCCCAACCAUCCCUGUGAUUGGAACUUAUGAAGAUCGCUUCCUUUCUCUGUCACUCGAGUCGUCCUGGACAGCGGCACCCUACAAUGACGAGUACCUGGCUGUCAUUUCUAAGACGACGCACUUGCUUACACAGAGCACGUCAACGGAGCGAAUCGACGCCACACACAUCGCCGUGUCUUCCGUCUUCACCUCUCAAAAUAACGAACUUGUCAUUCCCGCAACGGUGCUACCGAGGUGCGCUCUGCUAAGCGACACGGCGUCGAUCGCCCCCUCUGUGUCAUCGGCCGCUGUCUCGAACUACCGCGGCAUUGCGUGCAAGUGGGCAAGUGUGGCAGCGGGGUCGUCUCCUGUCCACGCUGCGGCUGGCGGCAGCCUCAAUCGGGGCUCCUUCGUCUUCGAUCCCCGUGAGGUGGACCUGUCCAUGGCUGGUUCGGCAGUCACGGUGUCUCAGCUGCCACCCGACCAGGAUCCGGCGUCACUGACCGGCGAUGGCGCUGCACAGCCUCUGAUUGCGGGGAAGACAUCUUGUUUCAGGAUGCUGUAUCCUCAGGAGCUUUCGAUCCAGUCCGCUCAGCUGACACUAUCUUUGCUGUUGGAGACAGCCUUCACCUCCCCCGCAGCCCAGUUCUCAUCCACUGCUGUCACUCUCUCAGAGCCCUGUCAAGUGGGGACCGCCACCCAGAGUCCCAGUCAGCUGCUCAGCGGGAAAAGGCAGAUACUGCUGUGCUGUGCUGUGCCUGCAACACCGCCAUUCAUAGCCGGGCUGGCUUACAUCGAGCUGGCUGCACCUGCCCUGCAAAGCGCCACUAUCUUGCUCGACAUUCAGUCCAGCACAAGCAGUGUGACUCUCGAAGCUCCGCUGAGCCCUCUCCCCUUCUACCAAACCGCUGUCGAGGCGUCGGUUGCCCAUGAUUUGGUUAUCGCCAGCGGCACUUUAGCGAGCCAGAGUGUCGCGGUGCCUGUAGACGGGGCGACCAUUGGUGAUGAGGUGGCGUGUGUGUGGUACUUUGAGCAGCAGAGCGAGCCGGCAAUCACACUGGGAAAUGUGCAGACAAGCGGGAUCCUCACCUGUCCAUCGCCAGAGGUGCCGUCAUCUCUCAGGACAGGCAGGCUCUUCACCGGUCGAGCGGUCAGCCACCUGGCUGUCAAGGCGCUCGUGGAUGACCUGAGUCGCAGUGAGACGGUCCAGUCCACAAGCACAUCGGUCGUCAUUCAUUCUGCUGGUGGCACCCCCUUCGUCGCCGUGCAGCUCUCGACCAUCGCCUGGGUCGGCCCCAACUUGUGCCGUGUCCGAGCAAGGGACCUUCAUGUCUCUAUCGAAGCGUUGCGGUUCACCUUGUCGGACUCCAGCGACCGUGCUCGAGUGCAGAGUGACAUCACCAGCAGCCUUGAGUGCGUGUUCAGACGCAAGAAGGGUGUCAACAGCGGCACGAGUCCAGCUGCGGUGCGGACAUUGGCUCGCUUGUACGGCAAGGCAGGGAUGGUGGAGUGUGGGUGUCCCGACGGGCAGCACUUCGCCUCCGACGCAUUGCCAUCUGGAUCAUCCCUGCUGACUUUGGAGGUCGACAUGAACGGUAAGGCACACACGAGAGUUCAUGUCUCUGCACGAUCAAUGUAUAUGUGUUGUGUCUGCAGGGAUCAUUGUGAGUGAGCAGGCCGACGUUGAGAUGCAGAUGACACCCGAGGCUGCAUGGCAAUUGGCCACGCCAGUCCCAUGGCCGGCGUCCUCUCCAUCACGACCGACGGUGGCAAUCUUCGACGGUCUGCACACGAUUUACGUGUCCAAGGACGACGCCCCCUCUCCUUCGCUAACCAACACCUUCACAGCCUCUCUCUGCUUUAUCAACGGCGGCCAGGGAUACCUCACAGAGAGCCCCUUGUCUUCACAGCACCUGGUGUGCUACAUUCCCCCUCUCCCUGCCCCUGCGUCGCCCUCCUCGCCCCUCGCUCUCCUGGUCGGUGACUCGGGCAUGGCUGCAUGGGAGGAAUACCCCAUUUUGGACAGAGAUGAUAGCACCUCCGCGCUGCACAUUCAGCAUGAGACGCUACCUACCAUUGUAUCGGUCAACCCUGCUUUCAUCCGAGCGUCUUCGUCCGCCGGCAGCGGGACAAAUGUCCGUGUCUCGGGUACCAACUUCUUCGAGACGUGUCGGUGCAUCAUUGGCACCCCUCGGACAGGCACAGGAGGUGCUCGCUAUACCGCUGCUGAUGUGCUCUUUGCGUCGAGCGGCAUCACGUCAGGGCUGGACAUCCAGCCCGCAACAGAAUCUGUCUUUGUCGGCGCUACCACAAUCGACUGUCUGAUCAGCCCCUGGACAGAGGCCAUCAGUGAGGUCUACCUGGCUGUCGAGUGCACAAAGGAGUCCCUCACUUCCCUGCAGAACCAGAUUGUGGCAUCCAGCCUGGUCAGGCUCGCCGUCGUGCCUUUCGACAUCGCUUUGUUGGCGCGCUCUUCAGUCCUGGUUGGGCCACAGACGCCUGUAACGAUCGAGGGGAAGGGCUUCCUGCAAACGGGUCUGCUGAGCUCCCUCGGUUCAUCGACGGCUUAUGAGAUGAAUGUGGUGUCUCUGAUGGAAGGGUUGGUGCAUCCCUUGCUGGACUUUACUUCGGUCCCGAUGGACACACUUGCUCAGGUAAGUUACAGACAGGCAGCUACAGGCUGAUUGAUAUCUGCGAUAUAUAUGCUGUCUCGUGUGCAGGGCCUGGCGCCAGCACGGCUGUCCGUUGCCAGCUCACUCAGCGUGGCCCUACAGCUGCAAGAAGGAGCCACCACCCGCCAGGUCUCCAUCACCGACACAAAGACCCUCUCACUGACAUCGCUGCCUGUUCUCCAAGACGCCCACAUGCUAACGUCCUUCUCUCGCCUCGCUGUGGCAAUGCACUUUGACAUCGACAUAGUCAAGGACAACCUUCGGUGCUACGUGGGUGAUCGCGUGACCGCUCUGUCCGCGACAUCUCACCUGUGGUUCGAGAGCAAAGCGCCUUUGCUGGACCACAGCCGGAGCGUCAUCUGUGACGUGGCGUCGACCCGCAUGGCUUUCUCCGCCGCUGAGCCCAACUCCCUCACUUCGACGCUCCGCUCGCUCUUCGUCUUCGAUGCGCUUUAUCGCCACGCAUACAGGUCGUUCCAUUUCAACACCAUAUCGAGGCCGCAGCCUCACAUUACAUCCUUCGCGCCGCGGACGCUGCCCUUCGAUGCCACGACCGUCGACUCGGGCAUAUUUAUCGACGUAUAUGGCUAUGCAUUCCCGACGGACUCGCUUCCUGACCGCCCACUCGACUGUUAUGUCCAUUUUGGCGACCGCCAGGCCCGACAGACAGCCGUCCUGAGCGACACGCACAUUCGUGUGACGCCGCCGUUGAUGACGGCUGCAGUCAGCCUGCCGAUAGAGCUGCGAUGCACUCAGUCUGUGAGCCCCGCAGCCCCAGUGCCCCUGAGCCACAUGCCAGUGUGGCAAUCGGUGGCGGUUGCAUCCUCCUUGUCGAUUGGCGGAGGGUCGUAUUUCACCUUCACGUCUCUUCCGGUGAUCGAGGAGGUGGCGCCCCGGCAGUUCUCGUCCCUGGACGCCCCCCUCCUGACUGUCCAUGCUACGGGUCUGUCUCGCACAGAGAAGGCCUUCUGUCUCAUAGGCUCCACGGCUGUGGCUGCCGAGGUCCUGACGUCGAACUUCCUGCGGUGUCGAUGCCCCGUCUUGCAAGAUGGAGAGACAGAUGUGCAGAUCGCCAUCUCGGUCGAUGGGGUGUGGUUCUCGCCACCCUGGACGCAAUUAUUGAGGAUACAGCAGCGGGUGCGCUUGGUCGAUGUCACGCCGUCGACCGUCCUGACAUCCGGAGGGACAACUCUUGUAGCCACGGGGUACAACUUCCAUAUCUCUCCGACAUACGGCGUGUUCGAUAGCGGGCCGUCUGUCGAGUGUCGGCUUGGCAAUGAGGUGAUGGUGCGGGCGAUUGCCGCCACAUCAACUGAGGUGACAUGUAGCAUCCCGCCCCUUCCCCAUGUGGAGAAGGAGAUUGUUGACGCUGGCACAACCUCGACAACUCUCCCAUUCACGCUGGUGUGGGACACCCAGGGCCUGCUGACGCCGGAGACAUCUGCCAGCCUGACCGUCACUGCCCGCCUACCCCCCGCCUUCUAUCUCGUGUCUCCUGCGGUCGUCUUGCCACCCGGUGGCGCCACAAUCACCCUCAAUGGAGUCGGUCUGGAUGUGGCGUCGAAUGCAAGGUGCGUCUUCAUGGGUGCCACGAGCACUACGGUCGGCAGCAUUUCGUCUACAGCGGUCAGCUGCCCCGUGCCAGCGUUGAGCAGUCUGCAGCUUGGGCCGUCGUCCACAUCACCGCCCGUCGACACGAUGAUUCAGGUGGCCUACGAGGACAGCAGUGGCAACAUAGUGGUGACGAUCGAUACCGGGCUGAUGAUCCGAUACGUGGAGCCCCCGAUGCUCAACACUACUCUCCCAGCCACCAUGUGGGUGGGGCAAUCUCUCUUCGUCAAGGGCGACGGCUUCCUCACCUCCCCCUACGUCAUGCAAUGCAAGCUGGACGCCGUCAGCUUUGACCCGCCAUCAGCUGCCCCACUGCCCUCCUACACCGAGACGGCUAAAGUCCACUCAGACAGCCUGCUCGAGUGUCCGGUGAACGCAGGCCUCACUGAUGAAUACAUCCAAGUCAGCGUAUCCCUCAACGGCCAGGAGUGGACGCCCGUGGGAACAAUCGUCGCGCCAGGGGACGCGCAGAGGCUCGUCAGCCCUGCCACCGGGAUAUCGGCCCUUACACCUGCAGUGCUGCCCACCGGCAGCUUCGGCAAGGUGACGUUCAGUAUCACCUCGACGUGGAGCGAGGUGCAUGUGGCGGACAAUCUCCUCUGCGUGGCCGCCGAUGUGGAUUCCCCUCUGACGAAUGCAGUCAAGAUCGCCGUGCCCGUCGCUGUCGAGAGCUCUGUGGUCGAGACCACCGGUGUGACGAGCCUCGUGGCCUCUUGCAUCUUCCCCCCUGUAGCCUCGAGCAACUACACCGUGGACCUCAUUAGCGCCGCUCGGAAUUGGGGCACUGCAAACGAUCAGCCCACUCUGCUGUCCCUGACGGUUGCCAGUGCUGGUGUCUCUACAGCAGCUGCUGUACCACUGGAGGUCAUUGAGACACAGCCAGAUCUCUUGGUGAGAAGCGUCAGUCCCUAUUUUGGAUUCGCCGACACGAUGACUGAGGUGCUGGUCAGCGGCCUGUCCUCCAUCGAUCUCAUUACCGCCUGUGCCUUCGGCUCGCCUUCCACUACAUCACCACUUUCCUUCGACCCCGCCAUCCAGUCGCCAGCUGAGGUGGAGUUUCUCUCCAAUGGGACAAUCAACUGCACGGCAGUGGCUCAGCCCUUCCGUGACCCGCCCAUCGACAGGCCCCUCUACGGAGGAGUGCAGCCUGUGUAUGUGCAGUACAGCAACCUCCACUGGGUCGACACGGGCACCGCCUUCCUGUACCUCCCCAAUCUGGUGGUCGAGUCCGUGCGGCCUUAUGCGGGCAAGAAUGUGGGAGGCGAUGACAUCACCGUCAAGACCAGUCCUCCCGACGAACUGGCUUCUCUCGGCUUCCCGCCGUGCACGGUCGACAGCUGUCGGUGUCUCUUCACCUCUCUGGACAACUUGACUGUGGUGGAGGUGGUGGGCACGUGGAACGCAAUCGAUGGGAGCAUCACUUGUGUGACGCCCGAUGUCUCUGGAAGCGGCUUUACAGGUGAGCCAGGAUCACCUGUGCUGUCGAUUGUCGUGCCAUCAUUUCCUGUGUGUGUACAUGUUUGCAGGUCCGAUGAGGGUGUCGGCGUCUGUGGCCGGCGGCCUUGUGUGGAGCCGAUCCGAUGCUCUGUUCGAAUUCUAUGACACGCUGGGCUUCACUGGUGUGGCUCCGGACCUGACCAACGCCCUCGGAGGGACAGUCGUCACUAUCACAGGCAGCAUCCCACUCAUCACAGACGGUACGCAUCCUGCCACUGCACGCGCACGCUCAUAUGCACCGCCGUCUCACUCUCAUGCAGGCGCAGUCUACUGCCGUUGGUAUGCGACAUCUCCCGAUAUCAACCAGCCCUAUGACGUCGCAGCCAUCAACAUCAGCGCCACCGAGGUGCUCUGCCUAGUGCCGUCACGAUACCGAUUCUUCAACUUCGUCCCAGUACCAGUGGGCGCUCACCUGCUGCUCAAUGUCUCGGUGUCUGGGGAGCCCUUCGUGUGGGAGGAAGUGUCGCCGCCACUGGCGCAGCUCGAGCAGCAUGAGACGCCGUCACGCGCCGACGCAUCCCUUCUUGUCACGCCACCGAAGAGCUUCAAAGAGGGAGGCGCCACCAUCGAUAUCACCGGCACAGACAUGAGGACCGACUUCCCGUCGCUGGCUCGCUGCCGCUUCCACCUGAUGGAAAACGGCGUGUCAAGGUAUGAGCUGGCCGUCAACGCCACGCCAGUCAGCACAAGUGUCGUCCAGUGUGUCGUGCCGGCCCUGACUGACAUCAGCCUGACCCUGGCGCCGCCACAGAGCAUCCAGGUGGACCUCUCUUUCGAUGGGGGCGCAACCUUCUCAGCGCUGCACGGCCUCAUCAAGUACGAGCCCGACUCAGCCUUCACCCGCAACAUCACCAAUGACGAUGGGACGGUGACCAGCCAGACGCCCAUCGGCCUUAUCGGGUCGGGCAUGAUCCUCAGCGAGCAGCUGUCGUGCCGCUACACCCGGUAUGACCCCCUGCCCGAGACGGUGUACCCCCCUGUGCUGGCGGAGUGGCAGAGUCCCGACGAGAUGCGGUGCGGCCUGAUUACUGUCACGGAGGGUUUCCAUCGGGUGGAGUACUCCAUCGAUGGGCAGAUCUUCAAAGACACGGGGCUCGUCUACACGGUCUAUUCGACGCCUACGUUGGUCACCAUCGAUCCGCAGAGAGGGCCCUACACGGGAGGCACCAUCGUCAGCAUCAUAGGCAGCGACUUUGUGGCAACCCCGCGGCUGUCCUGCGCUUUCAACGACACGAUUGUCCUCGUGUAUAACUUCAUCAGCUCGAGCGAGAUCCAAUGCGUCUCUCCGCCUGCCCAACAGCCCGGCCUGGUCCUUGUAAAGGUUUCUCUUAACGGCAUCGACUUCUUCGGCAACUUCACAUUCGAGUAUCUGCCUCUGUACAACGCGACAAGUGUCAGUCCAUGGCACGCUUGGAGCUGGAAUGACCAAGUGAGCAACCCACGGACACCCUCCUUGCGAGCUAUGUCAAUGUCUGAUCAUGUGUUCCUCUCUCUGUUUGUCAGGGUUUCUUGGUGCUGGAGGGAGACGGCCUUGUGGAUCCAAUGUCGUGUCAGUUUGGAGACCUGCCGUCAGAGGUGGCGCCUCACGUGUGGCCGUCCAACAGCUCGAUGGCAUGUGUCUCGCCAAUCCUGCCCCUGCCAAAGCGGCCUAGCCCCGACAUGUGGGACCGUGCAGAAGACCACUUUCUCACCUUCGUUGAGGUGAGCAAGGAUCAUUUCCUUGUGAUGUGACGCGAUGGGCCAUCUUGUUCUCUCUUCAGGUGUCUCCCAACGAUCAGGACUUCAGUCGGCUUCGACGGCAGUUCCUUUGGUAUGAGCCUCCCAUGGCCACCCACAGCUCACCCGGGGCCUUCCUAUCAGACAGGCCGAUCAGCACAGACUUCUACGUCUUUGGGCAGUACUUCCGCCGUCUGCUGAGCGAGAGCUUCCUCUGCAAGAUGGUCGUCUCAUGGAUGAACGAGACACAGGCCGAGAUGGAGCUGCAGGCCGCUGCUGACGAUCCCAAUCUCACCGCCGCCAUCCAGGAGCGCCUCGACAGCCACUGCAACAAUCUGACCUUCCUGGCAGCCAACGACCCAGGAUUCAGCAUCGGCAACUACACCGAGGGCGCCAACAAGAGCUCGUACCUCUCGCCGAACGUCCUGCGCUGCCAGAUACGCAUCGACACGGCGUUUGUGCCUCUUGUGCCCGACGUGUGUCCAGGGAAGCAUCGCCUCCCGUAUGCACUUGAGGUCGCACGGACGCCCGAGAUGUGGUCGGGGGCGGCCACAUCGAGCAACAAUGUGUCGACGGGGACCGCCGAUAUAUGGAAGCCGCCGAUCAGCCCCGAUGACACAUCGCCGCCGGAGGUCCCGUGGGACAAGACACAUGCAUUGGGCGGUGGCUACCCAAGGCUGGGCAGCCCCUCUGUGUCGUUCGCUGUGCAGCUGAGAGAACCCAUUCCAAAGACGCAGGUGAGAGAAAAAAGAGGGGGAAGGAGCCGGCCAUCGGGUUUCACAUACAUUUUGUUUGCAUUAUAUUCAGCUGCACAUCCUGGUCGGGGACAAUUUGGUAGAAGAGCUGGUCCCGGCCGACGCAUGGACAUUCGACGGCGAGGAGACGUACCGCCCCGACCCAGCAACCUUCAACGCGUCAAACGCCACCUUUCCCUUUCCAGCGGUCAUGCUGCCCGGUAUCGUCACCAUCACCGUUAUCAACCUGCCGCCGUUCACAUCGGUUCCGUCUGGAGGUCAGUUUGAGGCCAUCCGGGUGGCCUUUGGGGACGAUCGGGUGGCGUGGUACAACGUGGCCAGAGUUAGGUACAACCCUAUACCGAAGGACACGUACUAUCGUGUGGGUUGGCACAUGACGGAAGGGGUGCAGCCGUGCCCGACGGGCCACUACUGCCCUGGCGAUGUGAUCAGCGCACUGCCGCAGGAGAUCGCCGCGACGCACAGCGUGCCAUGCCCACCUGGCACCUACCACAUCGAAUUCGUCAACGGGACGAUCGUGUGCUCGCCAUGUCCGCAGGGGACAUACUGCCCCUUGCCUGCCGAAGGCAUGCCUCAUAAGUAUGUCCAUCCAUCCAUCCAUCUAUCUACUUUCAGACGGCACACUGCAGUCAAAUAUGUCUCUCUCUCCGUUUCCUUUUGGGUGAGCAGGUGUCCUGGUGGCUAUGUGUGCGACGGCACCGGGGGCCUUGACGCUCUAUUGCCUCUCUGUCCGGCCGGCAAGCUCUGCUACCGGGAGAUUGCGACAAUCGGGGAGGAGAUCACCACCCUUACCCCACCCCAAUACAGGCGGCUUUCGGAUGAGAUGCCUCUGGAGAGUGAGGACAAUUCCUAUUUUGACGACAUUGACGCAGAAACGCGAGACCUUGCGAGUGGGCUGCCCCUCAUCAGCCUCUUGGUCUCGAACGUGUCGGAUUGCCCUGCCGGAUGGUAAUUAGCAAAUGGGAUUCCUUCGUCACACGCAUAUGCCUCUCCCUCUUGGCGGUGUGGCUGUGUGCGUGUGUAGGUACUGCCCGGCGGGAUCGACCAUUGACCAGGUAAGGCAGCUAGCUCCACAUGGCAAGACAGAAGGCCGUGUCAUGUCUCUGUCUCUCAGUAUGAUUACACGUGGGAGCCGACCGGUCCGUCCCCAAUGACCAAGUGUGCCAUCCCGGGCAUCGUUUGCCCCGAGGGAACGAGCAUCCCAUGGGGAACCGAUGUCAAAGUACGCCGGACGUCAAUCGUCACCUGUAGGCUCUUCCACCCCCGCUGUCUUGGCAUUGUAGGUGCCGGCGGGUUACUACAUCUCGCCUGAGCACGACGAGACUAUCGAAUGUCCGCCAGGAUUUGCAUGCCCCGAAUAUGGCUCGAAUCCUCUUGCAUGCCCUCCUGGCCAGUACCAACUCUCGCAGGUCCGUCGCAAAAUGAUGACGGCCGUGUCUCUCUGAGUUACUCUUGGGUACCUUCCGCACACGCAGGGUGCUGCCGAGUGUGCCACAUGCACAGCAGGGACCAUGUGUUCGGACUACGGCGGAUCGCAUCCCGAGAUGUGCCCCCAGGGGUUUGUGUGCGCCCUCCCCGGCCGUCACGGCCCCACAUACCUCUGUCCGGCAGGAUCCUACUGUGACGAAGGCACGUUCACACUCAACAGCUGGGUGGGUCAAAGGACUCACAGACACAUACGGGAAGCCACCAGCAGUGGCGUGGCGUUUCUGUGUGUCACCAGAGCAACGAGACGAAUGCGCCCCAGGUGUGUCCGAGGGGCACCUACUGCCUGCCAGGCACAAUCCCGUGCGACCUUGGCGUGUGGGGCGUCAACUGCCCCAAGAAAUGCGUCGAAGGAAGCUUCUGUGGCACGGUCGGCACACCACAGGAACCGACGGAUAAAUCGCAGAAGAGCACUCUCUCUGUGUCUGUGUCUGUGUCUGUGCUUCAGAAUACGACCAACCCAGGUGGUUCGUUCCUCUGUCCGCCUGGGUGGUACUGCCCCCGGGGCUCCUACCUGCCCCUCCCCGCCCCCCCUGGCUUCUUCGUCUCGGAGUGGGGCGCGCAGUAUCCUGCCAAGUGCCCGCCAGGGAGCUACACCGACGAGUGGGCGUCGGUCAAGUGCCUCCUCUGUCCGGCUGGAUUCGAAUGCCCUCGUGACGGUAUGUAUGUCAACAGCGUCAGUCAGGCUGAGUGUUGUGUUUUCUACAUGUGUAUGCCGUCCCCUGCAGAGACGUUUGAGCCAUCCAUGUGCGGCCCGGGAUUGUUCCGUGCGCUGGGUGCGUCCAUCUUCUGCGACCCCUGUCCGCAGGGCACCUGGUCCAACCUGACCGCCCUCAAGAGCGCAGAAGAGUGCAAGAAAUGCGCAGCCAGAUACGCAUGCACUAUACUCGGUAGGCGGAUGACGCAGCCAAAACGGCGAUCCGAUCGUCUAGAAAUCUCUCUGUUGUAGGGAUGAUGGUGUUUGCGCCGAUUGAGGACCAGGACUGCAGCGACAACAUCUGCUACCAGUUGUCGCAGGGACUGGACUGCCCGGAGGGAUACGCGUGUGACGUCGCCACCACCUACUACACUCAGUUCGACCUCGAGUGCGCCGCGGGAUACGUCUGCGACUUCCGCACACACCCUGACGAAAUGUAUGACCUUCAGUGCCCUGCCGGUAGGUAUGCCAAGGGAGAGAGACGCGACACAAAAGCAGGCAAGCGACCCGAUGCCUGUCUCUCUGUCUGUGUGUCUCUCUGUUUUUAUGUGUCAGGAUACUACUGCCAGAAGGCCACAGGGGAGUCAACAAAGUUUGCCUUCCCCUGUCCCCCCAACUUCUUUUGCCCCGAGGGCACGGCUGCCAAGCAGCUGGCCGACGCCGCCAAUCGGCUGCUGUGGCUGGCCUACGCCACGCAGCAGCUGCGGCUGCUGCAGGUCGAGGAGGAGGACCGCUCUGCCGAGUUUGUGCUGUGGAACGUCAACGACUACCAGCAGGACUGGCAGCCUGACGACCCCGAGCUGUGCGACCUCUGCUGUCCCAUGGGCACUUUGUCCAAACCGGGGUCGUCCAGCCCCGAUGACUGCAUUCAACAGAAACUGGUCAGUGGGAGGCCGGUUGGGAGAACAAUGGACGAGAAUGCCGUGUCUUUGUCCCUAAUGCCCUGCUGGUCAGGUGAUUCGUAUAACGAAUAUCUAUGAGGACAGAUACAUACCUCUCGAUGACCCAAUCUGGAACGCCACGUAAACAAAACCAAUGGAUGCAGCCAUCUCUCUCCGUACGACCAUGUGUCUCGUGUGGGUGGGUGGAUGGAUAUAGGUCUGUGACGGAGCUGGGUGACGGCCCCGGGUUUCUGGGUUUCGACCCACUCAAUCAGCCUCAGGGCUGGUACUUUUUCCAGAGCUUCAGGCUGGAGGCCCUGGGUAUCGCCGACAUCGUCUUCGACUUCAAGAAGGCCUCCCUGGUUGUCCGCAACCUGGAUCACUACGCCAUUGUGAUCGCGUCCGAGUACACCACAUGGCAGGACGGCUAUGAGCUGCCACACUACAUGGAAACCGAGAAAGAACUCCAUCAUCGGUGCGGCAAGGCGUUCUCUUUCUGUUCGUUCGUUAGAUGCCCUCGUUGUUGUAAUAAUCUGCGCAUGGCAGGUUUGUGUUGCGGAUGCUUGGUUUGGCGACGAUGAACUUCAACGUGUCUCUGCACCUGUAUCACGGCUCCUACAUCGCCCACCUGCCGUCGUUCAACAAUACAGUGCAUGUGGAGACGAGCUACCCCUCACGAGCAGAGGUGGGCACGCGGAAGGUCUUCGCCGCGGUGCUCGAGAAGGAGGCCAUGAACGGAGGCGAGAGAGAACUCCCUUAUAACAUGGCCGGUGAGCGGAUGAGCCACAGGGCAAACCAGACACCAUGAUAUGUGUGUCCUGCAUGCGUCGAUACAGGUGACGACGAGACGGCAGUGAUAGACCUGCGUAGCACGUCUGAGGACAAGCCCAACGAGCCUGAGAAGAAGGACUUUCCCGACUCCAAGACCUUCUGGCAGAUCAAGAAGGUCGACACCGUCGCCAUGGCGUGGAUACCCUUCUUCUCUCACUGCCAGGGAUCAGACUCACGGUGAGAGACCGCACACAGCAGAAUGAUAGAGAGGAGACAUGACUGGCUCUCUUUCUCUUGGGCAGAAUCGUUCUGUGGGAGAUGAUGGAGACCACCUCUCUCGGUGCUUGUGACCUCCUGGAGCAGGGCGACAUCACGCCCGUGGACCCUUUCAAAGUCGGGUACGUAAGCUGAGCGCACUACCAACCACCAACAAACACACACCAAUCACCCCCUCCCUGUGUGUGCAGAUCCAGCGCAUCGGCCGACUCGUGCGAAUUGCAGCUCAAGUGCGAGUACGAGGAGCCCAUCGACGUCAGCAGCCCCCAGACGCGGUGGUUCGAGAUCCAGGAGGAGACGCCACUCUUCUACCUCACUCAGAACCCCGUCGGCUGGAGAGAGCUCAGCCAGGGCGACGACUACUUUGGGGAUCUCGUCGGCACUGACGAGCUCGUGGCCGUCAAUGUGAUCCCGGGCGAGGGGGCGCGGUCGGGAGCCGUGCCCAGGACUGUCACAUUCACUAUUGGCUACUAUCAGGUGCGAUCGAGAUGAUUGGAAAGCGAGUUGAUCGUGUCUUGUGGUGUGGUGUGGUGUGGGUUGGUAGGUGAGUCCAACGUUGAAGCGCAUCGUGGACGCUGAGCUGGCGCUGGAAAACUACGACACGACCGAUUUGACCAACAAGGCGUACGAGCUCAACAUUGUGGUGGAGCACUUGUCCUACUUCGACCUGUUCAACAAGUUCCAGUUCCCUAUCGAAUACUACAUUGUCAUCUACAUUAUCAUUGGUCGGUUCACACCCCAUGGUCCCUUCCCUCUCACAGAUUGGUCACGUCUUGGUGUGUGAAUGCAUGUGCUGAUGAAGGUUUCGGCGCUGUGGGUAUGGUGUUUGUGGCAUGGUUGAUCGUGCGGCUGAGCGGGCGGAUAUCGCGCAUUCCGUCCUUUGAGUGGUACGAGUGUUUUGGGUUCCUCCUGUACACGCCGAUGGAGGGGAUGCUGUGGGCGACCAUCCCGGUGUUCCUGAUCAUCCUCAUUAUGUGGGCCUUCUUCUCUGACGAAAUCGCAAACCCUCUCAGGAACAUCAACUGCACGUAUGGGCGGACGCGCCACACACUAUGUGGUGCAUCCAUCGUGUCUCUCUCUGUUGUGUGUGGUGUGGGUCAGUUGGAACGACAGCUAUCUGUCAGAGGACGAUAUGGAGACAUGUCGCAGAGGCCGGGUGGGUGCGGCAUUUUUCCUAGUCUCAAUUUUCACCAUGUGGCAGGGUAAGCCGCGAAAAGACCGGCCCGGCCGUUCUGCAUCGGUUUCCUCCCUGUGUGCAGGGGCUCGGCUGACGUGUCCUCGUCUGAGGGAUGUAGAAGAGAAGUAUCUCAAAGACAAAAACGAUGAACAGCUCUACAAUGAAGGCCUCCCCGCCGCAGCCAAGGACUCUCGCGUAAGCCGACCACAGCACAUAGAGGCAUCCCACAGACACAUACGUCUCUUGGGAUGUUGUGGAUGCAGGCGCUGAAGGACCUGCCCAUCCGCUGGAAGCGCAGUCACUUGUUGUUCGUGACGUUUUUCAUUUCCGUGCCGAUGAUGAUCAUCAUCGAGUUCAGCUACUCGGACUUCUUCGGCAACUACGCUCCCAUCAUCCUCGUGGUGUUCAAGCUGCUGCAGGUGUUUCUCGAGCGCAUUUUCGAGCUCUCGACGCGCGAGAUCCUCCUGGCCACGCCGCAGAUGGGGCUCGUGCUGCUGGUGGAGUUCGUCAUCACCAUGGGUGCUGACGACUUUGUGGAUUUCGUGACGUCGUACUUUAUCGAGCUGGCGAUGAUGAUCGGGGAGAAGGUGGCAAUCGCGUCGAUGGUGCGGUGGAUCGAGCUCAACUGGCGGCGUAUGCUAUACUGGAUACAGACGCGAUCCUUGUGGUGGCAAUACAGGUACACUGUACUUACUGCGUGAACUUGCAGCUGUCUCGCUGUGAUUGACUGACUGUGUCGUCGCACAAACACACCCACAGGUUGUUUUUCGCGAACCUCUUCUCGGGCACCAAGAAGAAGCGGGAGGACCUGACUUUCACUGCCGUCGACGAGAGCACCCGAGUGCUCGGGCGCAGUGCUGACGCGAUCGAGGGCGUGAUGGACCAGCACGUGGCUGCGGCUCAGGAGGCGAUAGGGCUCUACAUGACGCCGUUCGUGAUCGUGGUGAUAAUGAUGUUCCCGCAGGAGACCGAGAUGGCCGUCAACUACGGCAUCCGCGAGAACGAUUUGCUGUACUACCUGAUGUUUGCGAUAUUCAUCAUCCCGGCCAAAGUGAUGGUGGACACGCUGAUCUUGCACCUGAUGGAGAUGGCCCACGGCAUGAAGGUGUACGACUACAUGCACUACUGCAAGUGGCGCUUCCGCACCAGAAUCACCAGGUGGCUCUUUGACGACCCUCGCUUCGACUCUUCUGUCGCGGUGAGUGAGUGAAGCAGAUGCAGCAGAACAGCAUGGCUGAUUCUGAGUGGUGACUGGCUGGUCUCUGUUCGUGUCUCUGGUGUGUGCAGGAGAGCUACCAAUCGAUAAACCACCUGGCUUUCUCCAGUCAGUUUUACUUCAUUUCCGUUUACUUCACAUGGGGCCCGAUGCUGCUGCUCUUCGCCUACACCAUGCUCGUUAGAGCCGAGUACAAUCCCUUCGCUGACAUGGCCUUCCCCCUGCUGCUGCUCUUCUGCGGCCUGUGUGCACGCCUGACCAACAAGAUGGUCACGUGGUUCACUCAGAGGGCCCUGUGGCAAGUCAAGAAACAUACAUUCGAGCGCCUCUUUGCCGCACAAGUGCGGUCGACGCUGCACCAUCGAUCGCUGCAGAGGGCCACUGAGGUCAGCGAAACGAAAAAAGACGCCAGUCGACAUCACCAUGCGUGUGUCCGUUUCUCUGACUGGCACAGAAAUGGCGAAGGAACUUUGCCGAGCGUCAUCGUCCCUUCCUCAUCAAGGAGCUGUCGUCCAUCUACACCCCUCGAGCGAGAGACAGACACAGACAAAUGCUCAGCGAGGUCUACCAAGAGGUGUUCCGAAUGAAGGGCAGACAGCACACCUACUACACCGGCGCCGAGAUCACCAAGAAGAAGGCGCCCAAAAAGCCUUCCACCGCUAAGCGGCCCUCCGUUGACUUCACUGCGUCUCGGCGCGACAGCAGCCUCACAGACAUCAGAGAAAUCGAGCCAGAGCAGGUGCAGCCCGCAAUCAUGGAGGAGGAUCGCACGAUGGAGAAGAUCAGCAGCUGCACCAGGGCAGCAGGAAAGCUGUGGCUGGAAGCGGCCCGGCAGAAGGCGCACCUGCUGCUAGUGGCAGAGAGACACUUGGCCGACGAAGUGACCAGGAGAGCAGAGGAGCCACAGGAGUCGACACACUGCCAGCAGUGCGGCUGCCCUCCUGUGUGGGGCGACCAGCUUCUCCCUCUCCCAACUCGCGAGCCGUCAACGCUGCUGCCGCACUUUUAUAAGUUGCUUGAGGCCUCCCAGAUUAUCCAGAGCGGCUUGACAGCCGGCCGUCGGCGAUCGCGAGAGAUGGUGGAGGACAAGUGGCGGGGCUACCUCGACGACCACCAGAGAUGGCAGCCGCUGUGCAGAAGGUGUGCUCUCGAUAGGGGCCUCGGCUCGUACCUUCGUGUGGCACCCACAGCUUCGCCAUCAACGCCACCACCCCCAUGGACGUCGACCCCUGUCCCCCUUGCGGAAGCAAUGGCGUCGCCACCGGUCAAGAGACAUGUGUGGAGCGACGACAUUGAAAGCCCAGCUCCUCAGGACAAGCCCCCAGACAUGGGCGAAGGAGAAGGACUUGCAGAGGCAGCAGAGGAGGAGGAGGAGCCGCCCAUCACGCUGACAGUCGAUCAGGAGGAAGGGCCUCCCCCAGUGGCAGCAAGAGAGGAUGAGACAGAAGCCAUGGCCGACACUGAACCUGUCCAGCCUCCACAAGAGCCCCCCGAAUCAUCGUUCCGUCCACCCCUCCCACCCCCUGCCCCGCGACCACCACCAGAACCAGACAUACCUCGCCCUGUGCCGCCACUCCCGCCAGACAUAGAGGAGGAAGAAGCGCCGUUGUGGGCUGGGAGGAGUGUUGUUGUCUCUGCAGCGAGCCGGAGCAUGAUGCUUGAUUGGUUGGAGAUGGGCCGGAGACGAAGGCGGCAGAAUGCGACGCUGAGGAGGGGGCGGGAAGGGCGAUGAGGGGAGAAAGGCAGAGUCGGUCAGGGUUGGAUCAGAUCAGAUUCUGUCAUGAGAUGUCAUGUCGAUUGUGAGGGCAAGUGUCGGUUGUUGGCGGCUGUAUGCAGCGGUUGUAUGCAGCUAUUUUGUGCAGAACGCUGCUGUGAGUGUGAGUGUGUGUGGUGUACAGAUGCGAUGCGUGGUGUAGGUAGGCCGUCGAUGAGCCCUUUCAAUUGUCGAUAAGUGAUCAGAGAUCUAUCCAUGUGGAUGCGUGCGUGCC